CAGCUCAAUCGUGAACAUAAUCAUAAGCUCGGUGAAACGAAAAUAAAAACUAAGGAGAAAGUAAAAUUUUGCGCACAAUUCGAUUUCUGCUAGAACAUACAGUGAUAAGAUUUUGUGUCGCAUAAUAGAGAUAAAAAUGUGCUGCUAGGCGCAGCAACAAAUUGUAAUCUAUAGUUCUAUAAAUACACAUCAAUCAGAAUUAGUGCAAUUGAACUGAACUAUUAUUUCGAGACUAGUGCACAUACGGUGAGCGGAACACGCAGAUGACUACCCUCUUCGCACGAGUAUUUCGCCAGGCGAAAGUUACUUUUGAGCAGACAAAUGCCGAGCGAUUUCUAAGCAAUCUACAAAACCUUCGAGCUCUGGUGGAAGAGCUCACUAUGAUGGACCUUAAUCUUGACCCAACGGUUGUGGCCCAAGAAACUUUUCAGCAACCGACAAAAGCGCCAUGCACGUUUAUUGAUAUCUUUGAGAAUAACAAUUUCACGAUGUCAGUUUUCGUUCUGCGGGAAAACUACACCAUGCCCUUACAUGAUCACCCCCUAAUGCAUGGUCUGCUACGAGUAGUAGCCGGAUCUGUCAAGAUUCAAAGUUAUACAGAAAUUGAUCGUCGUGAAAGCACUCGAGACGGAAACGAAAUGCGACAUGUUCUGGUCAAUGUGGAACAACCUAGGGUUAUCAGUACCAAUAAAGGUGACUGUGCCAUGCUAACGCCUACAGAACGAAAUUUUCACGAGAUCACAGCCGUUGGUGGACCUGCUGCAUUCUUCGACAUACUGAGUCCGCCGUAUAAUGCAGAUAUACCGAUUUAUGGAAGAAGAACUUGCGCAUUCUACAGAAAACUUCUACUGCCUGGAGAUGGCGCAACCAACGAUGGUCGCAAACGAAUGGUAUUAGAGAGGAUUCCUACUCCGGACCAUUACUACUGUGAUACGGAAAAUUUCAUAGCGCCCGAGUUUAUGUUCGCCAGCGCAGCCAGCGAGUAGGAUAUCAUUGUUGAGCAAAGGACAUCAAUUUGAAGCUAGCUGUACAGUAAAAACUACCGUUUAAUAUAUUUACUGCAAUUCUCCUGGCUAAACGUUACAAGUGCAUUUGUAUCAUAGCAAGCAUUAAAUGGAGAAUUUAUGAUUACCAGCGCCUACUAAACGGACGUUUUAUUUGUUUGCAUCUAAUCACAAUCUUUGAUUAACAAGGACGAAUGGAUGAUUAGUUGUGCUGAUAUUUUUUACACUAGGUUAGAGAAAUCCAAGAAAUUUACGUUUAGGGUUUUUUUUAGUGAUUCAAUGAGUAUUGUUUGUUAUACUGUCUGCAGUGAUGAAGGAAGGAAAUUUAUAAUCAAGGAAUUUUAUUAUAAGUUAAACGAUAAUUUCAGACUUUUCAUUAUAUUUUUUUCAUUUAAAUUUUACCUUAAUUUUGCAGAUUAUUCAACAUUCAACAACAUCGCAAAAAUAAAUAAAAUAUGUUAUCGUUUUAGAUUGUUUCGGUUGGUAAUUUAUCAAGAGAGAAAACUGUUUUUCGUGAAAAUAUACAAAUACAGGUGCUACCUAAUUAGGUUUUAA